GUAGGCCCGGGGACCACAAGAGUUAUUUUAUUGGGUGUAUUGUAGCAAAGUUCUUGGACUUUGACACAUAGCCUGACGCGGCAUUCUGCCUGAAGGGAGACUGUAGGUCAAUCAGACAUACCACGAGGACAGCAUUUCAAAAGAGAACACCCUAAGAACAUCGCAAGUAGCCUAAUAGGCCAAGUGACAGAAAUAUAUAGGCUAUCUGCUACUUUUACCUGCUUCGGACGGAGGCUACCCCACGUUCCUGUUUUAUUAGCGUUUGCUGCGCAAGGACACGAGUGAACAGAGGGGAAACUUUAAAAUUCAGAAUCAAUUUGCGUGAAAUCACAGCAAAAUGGGAAUACGUACGCCUCACGAGGUUGGAGUUUUUGUCUUGUCUUUGACGGCGCCGAUGGUCCUCUACGCCAUGAACAACCUCCCGGCUGUUCAAGAGCCUACUGUGAUCCUGCAAGCGGGUGCUGUGGUCCUGCUAACUGUCCUUCUUCUGAUAUACCUCAUGGUGCGAAAUGUAAAGGAACUGGACCCACUUUUCUAUGUGUUUGCAGAGCUUGCAUUCACCUCCAUGGUUGGACUUACAAAUGCUUUGGAACAGGACGGUUACAUCAAGGGUUUCAUGAACUUCUACUUGAAGAAGGGGGAGCCAUAUCUGUCUACAUCCUAUGGCAUUAUCAUGUGCUACUGGGACAGCAUUGUUCAUUUCAUCCUGCAGCUCCUCAUGGUCAGACGCAUCUCCCAAAGGCAGUCAUACCGUACCGUGGGCCUGUUCUGGGCGGGCUCAUUCAUUGCCCAUCAGAUUGUCUUCAUCCCUGGAAUCGUCAUUGGUAAAUAUGGCAGCGGUAUCCUUCCUGCCUUUUGGCGCAACAUCCCCUUCCUGGUGCUGCCAGUAUGGGCGGCUGUAACGCUCCUCAACAGACCAAGAGAACAGCCAGACGUUUCUGCAGAUGAGGUUGAGGAGGCCCAGAGUAGGAGCCUGUUGACCCGGCCGAUUGACCUGCAAUUCACCCUCCUGCUGCUGCUGGGGAUGGGCUUCACACUGCUCAGGGCUUUUGUGGUGCUAGACUGUCGAUUGGAUGUCUGUUUCACCUACAUCUACAAGUAUGAACCCUACCUCAAGGACGGUGUGGCUUUUCCUAAAGUCAUGAUGCUGGCGUUCCUUUUCUAUGCCUUCCCUCUCAUGGCUGCAUGUGUGUAUGGUCUGAACAAACCAGGAUGCAGUUGGAUGCUGGACUGGACUCUUCUCUUUGCCGGAGCUAUGGCUCAGACGCAGUGUUGCCACAUUGGGGGCUCCCUGCACUCUCGCACCCCCUUCACCUACCGCGUCCCCUCAGACACCUGGCGAGUGGUGAUGGCCCUCAACAUUGCGUACACCGCGGUGCCUAUUCUGCUUGCCCUGAGGUGUACCUUCGACCCCGCCUACUUCAUAUCCGAGGGACAAGCUGAUGAGGAAGAGGAUGUUGUCGUGCCCGAGGGAAAAACUGCCGAGGAAAAGAAAAACCAGUAACCAUCACCAGCUUGCAAGACUAGACACGUGGGCAAGCAAACAUUGGCUGAAAGAAAAUCUGUGAAGAAGUAUUCAUGAGAGUAUGUGGACAAGUGCUUGUGCACAUGCAUGUGUGUUAAUGUGUGGAAGAUUUUUUUUUCUUAAGUAUUUUUUUGGGGGACUUUUCGCCUUUAUUCUUGACAGGAUAGUCAGGAAAUGAGUGGGGAGAGGAAGACAGGGAGGGAUCGGCAAAUGACCCUGGCCGGAUUUGAACCUUGGUCGCUGGCGUAGUAACCCAGUGUCCUACCGUUAGACCACGGCAGGGCCAUGUGUGGAAGAUUUUUUUAAAUGUGUACCGUACGUGUAUGCGGCCCUGCUUUUGUGGGGUUUCUGGCCUCGUGCCCUAACUCCUCUUCCAGCUCCAGAUCCAUACUGAUCCCUUCAGCAGUUAGUUGAGAUGUUGGCUUCCUGCUUGACGUUUUACAUCAGAACACUAAGUUGACCUCUUCCUAAAGGAAAUGUCAUGCAACGUGUACUUAUGGACCCCGCAUCCACCGCUCCUUCACCGGCAGUGAUUUAUCUCACUCUAAGCUUGACUCAUUCAAGCAAAAAGGCAGCAGCUCCUAUCUGUUUGGACUCUCACCUCUUCUCCCUCAGCCUUGAGUAAUCAUCUGGAAUCUCUUUUUCUGUGGCACGCACGUCCCACUGUGACAACAAGGUGCCGUUUGCGUCGCUACAGUGGUCCCUGCUCUGAGUCCUGGAUCACUCUGUAUCAGUGAAGAUAACAACGGCAGAUAAAGCGAGAGGAUAUUUCUCAAGAGUGGCUGUUGAGAACAGCACGAGCCCAGACGCAGUUCUCACCUAUAGGCUGAAAGAACCAUUCCAAUGCUGUACUGCGGAGAUCACUGGAUGGGUUUUGCUUUUCACGUUUCCUUGGGAGUUUUUGUUGUCAUUGUCAUUUAUUGUUCUUUUUUAUUUUGAACAAUAAAAUGUGAUUGUGUUUUCAUACCA